UGUGGCUAUAGAAUACACGUCCGACCUCCCGAAAAAGAAAAGAGCGAGCAGCUUUUAUUGUUUAUACAGCCAUUAAACGUUCAAUACAUCUAUUUGAGUUGGCAAACACACACAAAAGGAAUCAGGCGAAUCAAGGUAUAUAGACGACGACGUCUAUAUAUCUAGACAACAGCAAGAGAAAAGCGGCAGCUGUUAUUGAUCGUCGUGUGUGUGGCGUUCUCUCAAUCAACUCGGACCUGUUUCAUACGCCAAAAGGGCCGGAGACUGUGUGUGUACUAUCGUUGGUCCAGCAAUUAUUAGACACAGUGGGAGAGCAUACAGAGAGACGGGGCUCUCCAAAGUGCACUGGGGCAAAGCAAUCAGAAGAGCACCACCAAGACAUUUUGCGAGCCUUCUAUCCAGCAUCCAGCAGACAGCAGUUUUGCUGGUGCCCUCCGCCAAUAUCGAUCGCUGUGGAGGUCGACCAUCGAUCGCCGCUCUCACAUCUUUCGCAGGUGUCUAAUAUCGAACGUUGGCUGGCUGGCUGGCUGGUUGGCUGGUUGGCGCUGGUCGUAUAGUCGAUCGUCACAUCUCUUCCGAGUUAUAAUAACAACUAGGGACGCGAUGAGGUGGCUCAAGGAGGGUUCGAUCUUCAAGUUGGAAGUGAAUGUGGCGCCGUUCGGAUCGACCGGAAUCAAGGUGUUUAUGACACACGGAGGGGAUCUCAUCGUCCACGCCGGACACGACGAACAAAUGGAGAACGACGGACACAUCAGUAGGAGAUUUGAAGGGCGGAUCGCUAUUCCGAUGGGUGUGGAUGCCAACAGCAUCGAGUCAUCUCUUUCACCGGAUGGGAUACUGACGAUCGUAGCCAAAGAAACGGCAAACAAAUACGAGCGAAUCAUUCCGGUCUUUCCGGCCGAUCCGCAUCGUCACUUGUCUGACCAUCCACACGUCUCUCCCGGUGGACCCUAAAUUCUGUUACGAUUGAUGGAAGUCAUACUUUAUACAUCCAAUUGUAAACCACUAUAGUGUCCUUCCUCUGUGAGCAGAAACGCUUGCUAUAAUAGUUUUACACGGUGUCAGGGUGAUAUGAAUAU